AUGACAGUUGCAGAAACACAAAACGAAAAGGCCCAGGUAAACCCUGAGGUUCAGCCCGUACAGAAGACAUGGAAGCAGCCUUCCCAUCCCGACACCAUAGCAAUCCGAUCCUCACCUGUUCUCGCCUCGAACUUGGGUUCCUCGACAGGGCCUUUAUUCAACCUCACCGCCGUUGCGAGCAGAGAUAUCCCAGCCAAUACUCUUCUCGCUAGGAACACCUCCACCACGCUCGCAUCAGCAAAGGACUACUCCACUGUCCAAAUCUCGCCAAGGGAGCAUAUCAGGCUGAACUCAGAUCUCCUAUACUGCAAUCACUCCUGUGACCCCAAUGUGCGUUUUGUAACGUCAACGCUAGCCACACCUAGCGGAGGGUUGGAAAAGCAGGUUGCCGGCGCGAUUGAGGUAUGGAGCAUCCGAGAUAUUCCGGCCGGAGAAGAGUUACGAUUCUUCUACCCAAGCACAGAAUGGGAAAUGGCACAGCCCUUUAAGUGCUCGUGCGGCGCAGAGAAAUGUCUCGGGUCGGUUGGCGGGGCUAAAAAUGUCCCUGUGGAGGUUUUGAGGAGAUACUGGCUCAGCGGGCAUAUUGAAUCUUUACUGGGUGAGAGAGAGGGUUCGAGUUGA